AUGGCGGGUCUAACCGGCCUCACCGCGAAUCCUAAUCCGAACAAGUCAUUCGAGAUACUGCCGAACCCGGGUGACUCCGUCUCCAGCCUCAGCUUUAGUCCCAAGAGUAAUCUGCUUGUGGCAACCUCCUGGGAUAACCAGGUGAGGUGUUGGGAGAUUGUUGGUGGGAACAGUCAGCCAAAGGCAUCCAUAUCACAUGAUCAGCCAGUCCUCUGCUCGGCUUGGAAGGAUGAUGGAACUACUGUCUUCUCUGGAGGCUGUGACAAGCAGGUCAAAAUGUGGCCUCUGCUGUCAGGUGGGCAGCCUCAGACGGUUGCAAUGCAUGAUGCGCCUGUCAAGGAGGUCGCCUGGAUUCCUCAGAUGAAUCUUCUUGUCUCUGGAAGCUGGGAUAAGACUUUAAGGUAUUGGGAUACAAGACAAGCAAAUCCUGUGCAUAUUCAGCAACUUCCUGAGCGUUGCUAUGCUCUUACUGUGAAUUAUCCCCUUAUGAUUGUGGGAACUGCUGAUCGUCAUCUUGUUGUCUUCAAUUUGCAGAAUCCUCAGACGGAGUUCAAACGAAUCCAAUCACCACUAAAAUACCAGACACGGUGCCUUGCUGCAUUCCCUGAUCAGCAAGGGUUUCUGGUGGGUUCAAUAGAAGGAAGAGUUGGUGUUCAUCAUAUCGAUGAUGCACAGCAAAGCAAAAACUUCACAUUCAAAUGUCACAGGGAAGGAAAUGAUAUAUUCUCUGUCAAUUCACUCAACUUCCACCCUGUCCAUCACACAUUUGCAACUGCUGGAUCUGACGGUGCUUUCAACUUCUGGGAUAAGGAUAGCAAGCAGAGGCUAAAGGCUUUUAGUAGAUGCCCCCUUCCCAUUCCUUGCAGUACCUUCAACAGUGAUGGUUCCAUAUUUGCUUAUGCGGUCUGCUAUGACUGGAGCCGUGGGGCUGAAAAUCACAACCCUGCAGCUGCAAAGACAUCCAUCUAUCUCCACAGUCCACAGGAAACCGAGGUAAAAGGAAAGCCACGCCUUACGACAGGCAGGAAGUGA